UCCUUCACCUCUCCUCUAUUCAUCUCCCAACCACAUACAAACACAUACUUAAACUGAAACAGCCUCUCUACCCAACAAAGGUUGGGGUAAAAUCUGCAUACGUUCUAUUUUUUUUAAUUCACCUGUGAAAUUACAUUGAGUAUAUUGUUGUUGUUACACACUUAAACGUGAGAAAGGAAUAUGGGUUCUGUUCCUCAUGUAGUAGAAGACUGCUUAGGUAUCCUUCAACUUUACAGUGAUGGCUCCAUUUCUCGGACAAGUGAUGACCAAAUAGACUUCGAUAAUUUUCCUAUCAAAGACGAUGGCUCAGUCGUCUGGAAAGACAUCCUUUACGACGGAAAACACAGCCUCUCUCUCCGUCUGUACAAACCCAAAUAUUGUGCAAACAAUAAGUUGCUGCCAAUCAUCUACUUCUUUCAUGGUGGAGGUUUCUGUGUAGGUUCACGUACGUGGCCUAAUUGUCAUAACUGUUGCCUCCGUCUUUCCUCUGAACUCCAAGCCCUUGUCAUCGCUCCCGACUAUAGGCUGGCCCCCGAGUAUCGCCUUCCCGCUGCCAUGGACGAUGCGUUAGCGUCCAUCAAGUGGCUGCAGAAUCAGACUUUGUCAGAAGGUACUACGCUUGAUUCAUGGAUUAAGGAUAAAAGUAUUAAUUAUGAACGGGUUUAUGUGAUUGGAGACUCAUCUGGUGGGAACAUGGCACACCAUUUGGCAUUGAGGCUUGGGGUUGGCUCACCCGAGUUGGCACCGGUUAGAGUACGUGGUUAUGUUCUCAUGGCACCAUUUUUUGGGGGAAGUUUAAGGACUAAGUCUGAAGAAGAGGGACCUGAUGAACCUUUCUUGAAUAUGGAAAUUCUUGACAGGUUCUGGAGGCUAUCACUUCCAACUGGAGCUACUGCAGAUCACCCAUUGGCAAACCCAUUUGGGCCAUUAAGCCCAAAACUAGAGCCCAUGAAGCUUGAUCCACUAUUGGUGAUUGUAGGAGGAAAUGAACUUCUCAAAGAUAGAGUUGAAGAUUAUGCAAGGAAGUUGAAAGACCUAAACAAGGAUGUUGCCUAUUUUGAGAUUGAAGGAAUGCACCAUGGGUUUUUCACAAACGACCCUUUCUCACAAAUUGCAAAUCUAGUUUUGCAAGAGAUCAAGUACUUCAUGUGUAGGACCUCUUGUUAGAAUUAUAAGAACCUAGCUAUGUGAGCUAGCUAGCAAGGUUUACUCUAGUUAGUGCUAGAUAAACUAAGUACAAUAUUGGACUAACACAGACUAAGUCUAUCCUCAAAAGGUAGAGUUGAAUUUGUUUAGUGGUUUAAAGGAUACGUGGAUUGAUUUGUUAUGAAUAGUGAUAAUAACAUAAAUGACAAAUAAUAAUAAAGAAUGAAAUCAAGUAAAUGUAAAGUAAUAAUAUAAUAAAAAUAGCCUAGGCUCGGAGGAAUCUCUCAAUGCAGAUGACUCUGAAGUGGCUUCAAGCCUUGAAGAACAAAGAGUAAACCGAAACAAAAGUAAGUGCACCAGAUUUUAUUUUGCUAGAAUGUGUAAAGUAUAGAUUGUUAGGCUAGAAUUGGAUGCCCUCUAACACUGAUGUUGGGCUCCUUUUAUAGGUAUCAUUUCAGGAUUCAAAGGCUGUGAAUUGCUCCCUCUUAAUGUACAAUACUGGUCAAUAAAUUCUCUUUAAUUGAAAAUGCAUAACGUUAGGCUGUAUAUCCGAACUGGAUAC